GAGUAUACGGAAUAAACAUGGCGUCAUGUGGGUACUGCACUCAACCAUUUGAGGACUCUAGCCCUUGGCUCCCUCUCUUGUGCCGCCUCUGUGAGAGAUACUUUCACUUGGACUGCCUCGGCAGUAAGAGGAAGCCCACGGCUUUGAGGGGAGACCAGUUGUUUCAGUUUUGUUGUUCAUUUUGUUCUGAAACAAGGACAGAGACUUGGUCCAGACUAAGUCUAAAUUGGGUGCAUGUCAUACACCUUUCCCUAUACAACCUAAUGUUAUCUGAAGGAGGGAGGGAGGGGUUCUUCAGGUGGAAUACAGGAAUAUGUAAAUUUAUUGAGUCUCACUGGUUUGAAAUGAUGCCUUCAAGACAUAAGACUUCAUCCUGGCAGUGUACUGUAGCAGGAACUCUCUCCGUUAACUGUCCCUCAUUGUUUAGAUCCGGUACUUCUGUGUUUGGUGAGAACGGUUGGUGGUCAUUGCAAGAAAUGAGACCACCGAAACUGAGUGACAUUAUGAAGACAUUAGCAGUAGGUGAUCGCCCAAAGAAAGGAAGCAAGCAAAAUAAAUGCUUGUCCUCCAUUGCUGGAGUGACCCCAGACUCAAGAAAAAGAAGUAUUGAUAUAGAGAAACCCUCAGCUUCAAAGAAGAUAAAAGAAGAAGAGCCAGAGCUUAUGCCUGAGCAAGAGAAUACAAUUGAGGAUAUGUCUUCUGCCUUAGUUUCACCACUGACCCUACAGCAGGAAAGGGUCCUGUUAGAUUUCAUGUCUUCAAAAGUUUCAAGCAAAGAUAGUUCUUUUGCUCGAAUCCUUCGCACAUUAAAAGUCCGUGAAACAAAAAGAGCUUUGGGUCAGCCUUUGUUUAGUAUGAAUGCAUUUGUGAUGGAAUCAUUACACCAUACACAAUGUUACAUUUCAAGUUCCAGUGAUAAUCCACCUUACCCACUAAUAGCUAAAGAUGUUGAAAGUGAAUCUACUCACAGCGUUCAUAUGCCAUCAUUCUCUCUUAUUUCAAAAGCCCGUGCCAUACUGAGAAGGCUGGAAAGCCCCCUGCUCCCUCACCUAAUAUGCAAUGAUAGCAAUCAAAGUGAUAAUGGUAGAUUCAUUAGUCCUUAUACAUCUCACCUGCUACCUUAUAUCAUAUUCAAAAGCAGCUCAUUCUUGCCGCCUAAAAUCCAAAUCUUUAAAGAAUUGCUUUCCAAAGUUACACCAGAGGCUCCGUAUGAAGCAAAACCAAUUGUCUUUAGUUAUUUUCAAAAGGACCAGCUCCAGCCCGUGAAUGCAUUCAUAUCGUACUUCUUCUGGCCUGUAGAUUUAUCAGAAUAUUUGCAACAUCCUGACUUUACUGUUGUAGUAACCUAUGGAUCUAAACUGAUAAUAGGCUGUGGAUUUAUGACCCCUGAUGCCAGUAUCAGCGAAGCUUAUAUUCCAUUCUUAUUAGUGCAUCCAGACUACCAAUAUGCUGGUAUUGGUUGAAUCGUGCUCUAUCAUCUCAUACAAUCAUGUCAAGGUAAAGACGUCUUGCUCCAUGUUGCAGUUGAUAAUCCUUCAAUGUUACUCUAUCAGAGGUUUGGGUUUAAGAUUGAAGAGUUUUGCAUUGGGUUUUACGACAAGUAUUAUCCAGAAAAGUAUCAUUUGUCAAAGCAUGCUUUUCUCAUGCGUCUCAGACGAUGAUGAUUAAUUAUUACAAUUGAAUAAAAAAAUAAUUUUCUUUCACACAAUAAUGAUUAUUUAUUUAUUAUAAUGUUUUUAUCAUUUUAAUACAAAACAGAUUGUCUGAUUCGUUGGGGCAGUGUUUUGCACAUUUGCCAGCUAUAAAUCCAAUCCUUUCGUAAAAAGAAACAGCAUUUUUACUAGAAAAGACCAACAAUUUAUUACACCCAUCAUGGACUGCUAUCCUUUUUAACUCGUUAAACAAUAAAGUACCAACCCCUCUCCCAAUGACCUUAGGGGACACAUAGAGACCUUUAAUCACGUGAUCACAACCUUCAUCACUGGUCUUAUCAAUGUGCCCAAAUCCUAUGACUUCUCCUUCCUCAUUCUCAGCCACAAUAGCAGUCCCUUCUCUAAAUAAUGACUGGUAUCUUGUGAUGGAUUGUCUGUCUAUCCAAGCAGUGAUGUCUUCUUUGCUGUAGCAAGAGGAGCAGACCUCUUUGAUACAGUUAAUGUGAACCUCUUGUACUGCUCGUAUAUCAGAGUCCAACAAUGGACGGAUGCUUGGAAUGGUCUCCUUGCUUUGCUUGUCAGCACUCAUUUUCACACCUUUUCAGCCACACCUCCCUCUCUCCUGUAAUUCAGUUUUGCAGCAUAAAAAAACUUUAAAAUCCCAAUAAUUAUACUGAAUUAAAUUUAAAACAUUUUCAUUUAAUAUAAGUGGGGGUUCAAAUUAUUAGCUAUCGUCAGUUAUUAUUAUCAAAAAAUGAUUAAAAUUGUCCAAGGUGUCUAACUGCGGAAUCAUAAAAAUUGAGUGCAGUUCGAAGUUUGACUAACACGUCCAGUUCACUGAUCUUCUCUGAGCAUUCAUGAACGUCUUUUAUUUUCAACU